AUGUAUUCUCUAUUCCUCUUUUCUGAUUUGAAAGUUAUGGAUGUGGAAGAAGUAACAGAGAAGGGAAAGAGACACAAGGGGAAGCAUGACAAGCCAAAGCCAUGGGAUGAUGAGACUGUUGAUCAUUGGAAGGUGGAAAAGUUUGACCCUUCUUGGAAUGAAGGCGGUUUACUUGAAGUCAGCUCUUUCUCUACUCUCUUCCCUCAAUACAGAGAGAAGUAUUUGCAGGAAGCUUGGCCUAUCGUGAAAGGUGCACUGAAAGAACAUGGGAUUUCAUGUGAGCUGGAUUUGGUGAAAGGGUCGAUGACUGUUUCCACAACUAGAAAGACAAGAGAUCCAUAUAUCAUAGUGAAAUCUAGGGAUCUGAUUAAACUCUUGUCACGAAGUGUCCCUGCACCUCAGGCCAUUAAGGUUUUAAACGAUGAAAUGCAAUGUGACAUCAUCAAGAUUGGAGGUUUAGUCCGAAAUAAGGAAAAAUUUGUGAAACGAAGGCAGCGGCUGGUGGGGCCCAAUUCGUCCACUCUAAAGGCACUGGAGAUUUUGACAGGCUGCUAUAUUCUUGUUCAGGGAAACUCGGUGGCUUCAAUGGGCUCAUUUAAAGGAUUGAAACAAGUAAGGAGGAUAGUAGAAGAAUGCAUGUUAAAUAAAAUGCAUCCCUUGUACAACAUCAAAGUGCUGAUGAUGAGGAGAGAUCUUGCAAGCAAUCCAGAACUUGCAAAUGAGAAUUGGGAUCGGUUUCUUCCCAAGUUCAAAAAGAAAAAUGUGAAACAAAAGAAGGUUAAGAGUAAAGAGAAGAAAGAAUAUACACCUUUCCCACCACCCCCACAGCCAAGCAAGAUUGACAUGCAACUAGACAGUGGUGAAUACUUUUUAAGUGACAAAAAGAAGUCUGCAAAGAAAUGGCAAGAAAGACAGGAAAAACAGGCUGAAAAAAUAGCUGAAAACAAGAGGAAGCGGGAAGAAGCAUUUAAGCCUCCAGAGGAAGCCCGAAAACAAGAGGAUGAUAAAAUUAAAAACGACAAGGAAGACAUUGCUGCAAUGACUACAUCCUUGAAGAAAAAAGCCAAGGAGUUGGGAAAUCGAAAAUCGGCUGAUAGCAUCGAUGAUGCAGAGAUGUAUAUUGCAGCAUCUAAGAAAAAAUCCAAGAGCAACAACUUUCCGAAUGUGCCAGCAGCCCAAAAUGAACCACACAAGCAACCAGUAGACAGACUACUAGGUGAGGCUCAAGCUAUGUCAAGCCCAACACCAGCAGGCCCAAGGGGUGCCCCAUUCCCUUCCCAAUGUGCCAGCAGCUCAAAAUGCCCCCUUCCCUUCCCAAUGUGCCAGCAGCUCAAAAUGAACGGACCACUAGGUAAGGCCCAAGCCAGGUCAAGCCCAUCACCAGCAGACCCAAGAGGUGCCCCCCUUCACCUUCGGCCUGAUACGUGUGGUUGGAGGCGGCUGGCGGAAGUUUAUACUUUUUUUUGGGAAAAUUUUCUUGUAAUCCUUCUUUGA